AUGAACAACCUAUCACAUCGCCGCACACACAAUCUGCUGCUAAUCAGCAAGCUGCUGAACCAACGCGACCAUGCUUCGCCAUUCACUCUUGUCCUCGACAGCCUCGAACAGCCUGCGAAGCCCCUCCUUCGCGAGUAUCUGAGACGAGCCAAGAUAGGCAAGUCCUUCAGCAUAUACCUCGCCUUUGAGACCAUUCGAAAACCAGGCGACGCUGACUUGUACGUUACUUGCUGGGACAAGACGCCCGUCCAAAUCAGCAAUGCCGUCAGUGCUGCCAUGUCUUCUGCGGACGCAGGCGGACGAAGAUGUCUCAUUUUGAUCGACUCCUGCACCGCCCUAGCAGCCCUUGCGACCGAUCCGACAGCAGACUUCAACCUGACAAGCUUUCUGUCCUCGCUUCUGCAGCCGCCAGCGAAGACGACCAGCCCUCCUGCGGGAGUGUCGGUUGUGGCGGUCUACCAUCAAGACGUCCCUCAGACAGCCACAGUAUAUUAUGUCCCUUCGCCUCUAGAGCUGCUAUCAUACCUGGCCACCACGAUGAUACAUGUCCAUUCUUUGGCUAUCUUAGUCACUGAGAAAGAAGCUCGAGAGCGCAGCGUAGUCGCUCCAUCUUUCGGUCUGGACGAGAACGUCGAGGGUAUCGUGAUUGGGUUGAAGAAAGGUUCGAAUUCGCUGAAGCCGGAGCAUCGAGGCCUUGUCCUGGAACUAGAGCACCGUCGAAACAGCGGCAGAGGCGUUCAUGAGUGGUACUUCUUGCCUCGGGUACUGCCCAAGAUGACGGCUGCGACCUUCAAGGAGGUUGUGAGCAUCCUCGACGACCACCCAGCGUUUCAGAAGGCCAGCCUCGACGUUGCCGAUUCCAACGACGAUCUGACAGACAUGACGUUCUCUCUCGGCCUGACAGACCGACAACGGCAAGACCGCGAAGGCGUGGUCCUCCCAUACUUUGACGCCCAGAAUCCCAAACCUUCCAGCGGAGUUGACGGCGGUCGGAUCCUGUACGAUAUGGGUGCCGAAGACGACUUCGAUGACGAGGAAGACGAGAUAUAG